GGGUAUUGGGUGCUUGAGCCUGACAAGCAAGAUGGAAUAUGCGUGAAUGGGAAACGGCGUAGAGCUGAUGAAGGAGGAUCAGUUACAGAACCUGAGAAGAGAAUAUAACAAAUAGCAAAUAAAGAAGAUUCCCUGAGGUAGAAAGGAAUUAUUUCUUGAGACACAUGUAAGCAGCUUCUGAGAAUACUGGAUGGGGCUCUGGGUCUGCAGAAACCAGUUGGAAGAACCUGGAUUGACCCAGGAGAUCAUUGUCUUCAAAACUUCAAAAGGUCUGUGGACCUUUUAAGAUAAGGACUAAGGAAGCUAACUAUGCUCUGACAGAAGUUUCCUUAAGUAAAAGCAUCUGCUAUUGAGCAACUUUAGAAAGGGAAGCCUUGAGAUGGCUCCUGGAGUUUGUUUGCUUACACUGAUCUACACCACUGUGAUGUGGGACUAGGCUCCCUGAUAUCUGAAAGAAAGAGGCUUUAUUUUGACUCUGAUUUGGUACUACCAGAUCUGAGUGCUCCAAGUAGGUGAGUGUUUAUGAGAUCUUUUUAAGAAGGUGUUGAUUCCAGAUAUUUUUUUAAAAUUAUGUGCAGUAUCCAUAAGAAAAACAUAUAUCUUGCAAUAAAAUAAUGGAAGUUGGCAUUGCUGCUGGUCAGCUGAAAAGAUGCAUGGAAAGGACUAUAAGCAGAUUCUCUGCGUCCCAAGACAUCUUUCUACUAGAAGAAUACUGAUUCAGUUACUACAAGACUUCCAGUGAAAUAUUUGAGUUGCAGGGGGCAGAGCCCACUUCACUGAGACCUCCCUCCCAAAACUGCCGGGAUCCUCUACUUCCACCCUGAGCAAAGCAGGCGCUUUCGCAAAAGGAUUAAAAGCCUCCCAGCUGCCUCCAGCAGCGCAGGAAUAGAGAUGUCUGCAGGGAAGAUCUGUUGUCUCGUGCUGCUGACCGUAGGGGUGCUGUCGGUGGUGGUUGUGCUUGUGGUCAUCCUGACUCAACCCAAGUGCGGUCCUCAGCGCUACCUGCAUGGUGCUGUGGCUGCUGACACCGAGACCUGCUCCGUCAUCAGCCGGGACAUCCUGAAAAGUGGAGGCACAGCUGUGGAUGCUGCCAUCGCUGGCUUGAUCUGCACCUCAGUGAUGAACCCUCAGAGUUCAGGCCUGGGUGGUGGGGUCGUAUUUACCAUCUAUAAUGCCAGCACAGGAACAGUCGAGGUGAUCAAUGCCCGCGAGACGGUCCCACGAGUGUUUCUGCACAAUUUGUUGUCUGGCUGUCAUGAUGGUCUCCCCAUUGGUCCCCAGUGGAUUGCUGUACCAGGAGAGCUUCGUGGGUAUGAAGAAGCCCAUAAGCGAUAUGGCCGCUUACCAUGGAAAGUCCUGUUUGAACCAACCAUCAAACUCCUUUCAGAGCCACUUGUCAUUUCCCCAGUUAUGGACAAUAUAUUCCAGCACAAAGCCUUCGCCAGUCCAGGAAAAAGCCUGUGCCCUCUGAUAUGUGAUGGUCAAAGGUUUUUGAAGCAUGGAGAGACCUUCAGGUGGCCAGCGCUGCAGCAAACACUGCAAGCCAUCGCGGAAAAUGGAGCUACAGCUUUUUAUGAGGGAUAUAUAGGAAAGGCCCUGGUGGAGGACAUUAGGAAGGCUGGGUCCAAUAUCUCACUGGAGGACCUUAAGGCAUACAAAGCAGAAGUGUCCUCACCUCUGAACAUUACCCUGAACAAUCACACCACAGUGUUUUCUCCUGGACCGCCCAUGGGAGGUGCUGUGCUCAUGUUCAUCCUCAAGAUAUUGGAAGAGUAUAAACUCCACAAAGAGUCAAUGGCGACACCCAAGAAGAAGGUGGAAACCUACCAUCGCAUUGCAGAGGCCCUGAAGUUUGGCAAUAUGCUAAAAUCCCAAAUGCGUGACCCAGCCUUCUCUGAAGCUCAGGUGAUUGCGGGGACCAUGCUGUCUGACAAGAUUGCUGAGCUUGCCAGAAGCCGAAUAGGUGACCACCCAUCCAACGAUUACAAUUUGCUGGAGUCCAUCUACAACCACAGAUACGAAAGUAAGGGCACAAGCCACAUCUCUGUGCUCGCUGCAGAUGGUAGUGCCGUGUCCGCCACCAGCACGAUCAACUACCCGUUUGGCUCCUUUGUGUAUUCUAACCAAACUGGGAUAAUUUUAAAUAACGAACUUGCCGAUUUCUGUGAAGCAAACAGAAGCAUUCAACCAGGAGAGAAGCCUCCCUCAGCAAUGGUGCCCUCCAUUCUCAUCUCCAAGACAGGAGACAUGCUGGUGAUCGGAGGAGCAGGAGGGGCCUGGAUUAUCAGUGCUACCGCUAUGGUGAUUAUAAAUAAGCUGUGGUUUGGCUAUGACUUGGAACAUGCCAUUUCUGCUCCCAUCAUGCAUACCGAAGGUGACAUGAUCCUGUUUGAGAAACACUUCAGUGAGGAGGUUAGGAGCAGCCUGCUGAGAAGAGGCCAUAAAGAAAAGAACAUUAGCUCUUCAAUGAAUGUUGUGCAGGGAGUUUCCAAGGAAGGAAAAUGCAUCUCUGCUUACUCUGAUAAAAGGAAGAUGGGGAAGUCAGCUGGAUAUUAGCAUGAAGUGCCAUCACAACUCACAAAACCACAGGAGAGAACUAGAUUCAGAACAUGCUUUGGCUUGGUCAUGCCAAUAUUGCCUGUUGCCAUCAGGAUGCCUGCUAGAGUAUGGGCAAAACUUGUGACUGCACCUAAUUCCUUGCAGUAGACUGCAAGUCACCUUCAGGCAAUACAAGGACAGGUCAGCCAGCCUUGUUUAGAGCUAAACCCUCCAUUACUUAUGUGAUACACAGAAAAACAUAUUUCUUGAUCUCAUCAGCUAUUCAGAAUAUGAGAAUACAAAGUGGGAAAGGAAAAUUGGUCCAAAAUCCACUGGGAACACUGUGACACGACACAACUGUAUCUUCUAUUCCUGCUGGAGAGUCUCAGAUAAAAGCAGAAUUGGUUCUUUCAGGCUGUUACCACAAUAAACUUCUUAUUACUGGGGCUCAGCGAUGUGAAAUAAGCAACUAUUUUUGUUAUGAGGAUUACAAUAAGUUUCUAUAGGGUCAGGCUUUUAAAAUCUUAAGCAUCCAGGCUUAGAGGGUGGCUUUGGAAAGGGAAGAGAGCAAAAUGCCAUGCUUCCUGUCUUGGUUUUCCCAUCCAAAGAACCCCUACUUUUCCCAAAGGUGACAGAUGAAUUCAGCACAUUCUAGCACAAGUCUGCUGCCCUACUACUCUCUGGGAUACAAAGGACCCCACAAGCUCAGAGUAACUGUGUCAAAGCUUCCUUUAACCCUGCACGCUGGUGACUUUGAGAAUAAGCCUCCCAUGGGAUGAUGUGAAUUCUGCACUUCUGGGAUGGACAGGCUCCAGCUUAGCUCCCUGGGAACGCCUCUCCCUGUGGUGAGAGGAGUCCCAGUCUGUGCCAGUUCUCCCUCCUCAAUGCCUGCAGAAGCUAAGUCAUUUGGGAAGGCAGGUGAGGAUUACAGUGGAAGAGCUGUUGUUUUUGGAAGCUUUAUAACUUUCUUCAAAAUGCAAAGGAUCAUAAUCAGAAGACUUCACUUUUAGCCAUGAGCUCAGCCUGGCCAGGCAAACACCAGGACUGCUGAGAAGCGAUACCGUGCUAUCAGACAUUAGCAGAAUACUUUUCUCCCACAGUCUGGGAACAUGCUCUAACUCCCUGUUUACCACAGCUAAUCGCUAGUGUUCUCUUAAGCUCACAAUGAGGAAAUUGUAGGACUUCUAAGAAAUAUCACAGAGAGAAAACGUGUAGAGGAGCAACCUGAACUCAUGCACCUGGAUGAAAGGUCUUUUGCAGUUACUCCAUAACAUUGCCCUGCUCAAAAUAGCCAAGAGAAUAAAACAUUUAAGAAAAGAAAAAAAAAAAAAAACCCAAACCAACCUCAAAGCCCCCAAAGCUCUUCUCAAAUACCCAGGAGCAAGUUCCCACGAUCCCCAACAGUUCAAUUUUCUGAAAGCUUAUGAGCCAUGCUUCCCUGUGGGUACAGACAGUAUUGUGUGCCUGUUUCUGGAAGUGAAGCCAAACCAGAGCAAGGCACUAGCAGAGCUCUCCCCCUUGCAUGUUAGUUCUUACCUCACACACAGCCCAUGGUGUUCCUAGUACACACACACACACGCAAAAAAACCUCUCUGUAAAUACCAUAACAAGUAUUUGAGAACACGCUAUUAAAAAAAAGGCAAACCAAAAUGAGGCCAUCCCAAAACACCCUUGCAAACAAGGCUAGAUAGGUUUUAAAUCUGUUCUUAUCCACAAAGUGGGUCCAACAAAGCCAUCAACUUGUUGAAAUCUUAGUUUUCAUUUGCAUUUUAAUAAUGGUCUUAGUGAAGCAGUCUAGAGCCAGACAUGUGUUUUCGUUCAGAAAUUGUAUGCUAAGGACUACAGUAUGACUGCAGCUGUAUCAGAGCUUAAUGAGAAAGUAUUCCUAAGUUACCAGAUCAUAACCGCAAGCACUUAAUCAUGUAUCUGGAAUACAAGUUACUUAUGUAUACAGCCAGAUCCAUGCACUGCACCCUUCCCCCUUCCUCCUCCAAGUGGAAUUUAUGUUAAAUCCCCUAGUUCAGGAAGGACUACGGGUUUCUCCAGCAGAGCUGCUUACUCAAGCCUUAGAAGUGCACAGCACCCUGUGAGACAGCAGUAUUGCUGAAUGUAAAUGGAGAAAGGGAAUAGGCCUAAAGCUUGAGGGGAGGCAUAUUUAUGUUCAUUUGGAAGGGGUCACCUUGGGGGUUUUGAGUAGUCAUAGUCAAUCUACAUAAUUUGCUGAAGUUUUCUGUUUUUAUUAACUCCCUUAGCCCAGCUACCAGUUCCUGGGUGCAUUGGUUCUAGUGUCAGAAAUAACAACCCAACAGCAGAGUUGUCACGGGGAGGCACUAUGGGCACCAGACACCAUCUGCAGCUCACAUUUCAGGACCAGAUGGAUUAACCAGACCAGAUGCUGGCUUUACCAAGGUCUGUGGUUAUGUCUAGCUAGUCCAGCUGAGCUUAGAGUUUACAAAAGCAACUGAGAAUGGCACUGGCUGGAUACUGGCUGCUUCCCUACUGGGCUUCAGGGCAGCUUUCAGCAGUGCCCAGGGCCAUCCUCCAUCAUGUAUCGUCAGCAGAAAAACCAAGUCACCAAGGAACUAAGCCUCCAGUUACCUUCACUUCUGACACACCUUAGGCUGAAUCACACCUCAGUAAUCUAGCCUAUCACCUUUCCAGUGCAGUAGUGCUUCCUACCACAACUACAUGGCAAUAUUACCUGUAGUCCAGUGCUCACUGCAAUUUAACUACUUUGCUACUAACAUUGAAACUGAGCCAAUUAGGCAGUUUUAAAACCUGUCACAGCUUUAAUUUGCAAGGCAGACAGGAAUGAGAGCGCAGAUUUCUCACUACAGCAGAGGCUUCCAGUCCUGUAGUUCUCACUAGCAAAAUAGCUGGUGAAGCUGAGGGAUUGUACUUCCCCUAGCACCUCUGCUCUUGCUCUGCCACCACCUCACCGCUGCUGAAAUCCACUUGGGUCAAGAGCCUCCCAGUUUGGUCUCCCCAUUCAUGCUCAUGCCAAGAGGAGAUCAUUAUUUUUGUAUUUAGUCAAUUUACAGAGACUUAAAACAUCACUGUACAGAGGCUACUGUAUUUUAUAAUGAAGUCUUUAUAUUUUUAAUAAAGUGUUUUUAAACCUG